AUUCCUUCCACACUUGUUCAUCCGCCCCCUGCACACACACAUUUUGUGACUAUGGCAAGGGCACACAGUGAGCUGCAUCCAGAAGAGCAGCAGUCUGUUCGAUUGCCAUGUCGACCCACAUGGAAUACAGCUCCUGCCCCAGAGAUUGCCCCACGAUGGAUAGCCUGGAGAGACAGCUUAUAUGCCCCAUUUGCUUGGAAAUGUUCACUAAGCCAGUGGUCAUCCUUCCUUGUCAGCACAACCUGUGUAGAAAAUGUGCCAACGACAUCUUCCAGUCUCGAGGGACGACCCUGGGAUCUGCGGGGAGGUUCCGCUGCCCAUCCUGUCGCCACGAAGUUGUCCUGGACAGACAUGGCAUUUAUGGGCUGCAGAGGAACCUCUUGGUGGAGAACAUCAUUGAUGUUUACAAGCAAGCAUCAGCAAGAGGACCAGAGAGACUGCUGUUAAAAAGCGAGCACCCGACCUGCGAAGAGCACGAAGACGAAAAGAUCAACAUCUACUGUGUGACGUGUGCAGUCCCCACAUGCUCCCUGUGCAAGGUCUUCGGAGAACACAAGGAGUGCGAAGUGGCUCCCCUCUCGGAUAUCUACAUGAAGCAGAAGGCGGAGCUGACGGGUGGAAUUGGGAGUCUUGUGGCUGCAAAUGACCGGAUCCAAGCCUACGUUGGUGACUUGCAAGGCACCUGCAGGAAUAUCGAGGAGAAUUGCAAAGCCCAGAAGCAGGCCCUGUGUGAGAAGUUUGACCGCAUGUCUGCCAUCCUGGAAGAGCGGAGAAAGAUCAUGUUGCAGAGGAUCACUUACGAGCAAGAAGAAAAGACCCAGCACUUGAAAUCUCUCAGCAAAGCAUGCAGUGAACACAUUGAUUCAUCUUCCAAGUUGGUGGACACGGCUCUGCAAUCUAUGGAGGAGCCCCAGAUGGCGGAUUUUGUGCAGAAUGCCAAAGUUCUCAUCCAAAAAAUUGUUGAGAUGACCCAGAGCUGCAAACCAGAUGCCCUGGAAGCAGGUUAUGACAACAUGGAGCACUACACUGUGGAUUUCAAUGCCGAGGAACGGCUCCUUUACCAGCUCGAUUUCAUCAAAAUUGAAGAUCCUGAGCCAUCAACAGAGGAUGAAGGGGCCAGCGGUGAGGCUGAAGACCCAUUGGCAGAGAUUGGGGCUGCUGCCGAGGAGGAGAGAGAAGACUUAUUUGCCUUCGGGAAUGAGGAGCAGGAGCAAGGAAAUGCUCUCCUGAUGACGGAGACCUUGAGCAGAGCUGCCCAUGAGGCUAUGGCAGAAGACCCAGCUGGCCAAGGGGGCAGCCUAUGGGGUGCUCAACAGAGUCUUCUGGAUGGAGGCUCCAGUUCAUUAGCAUUUCAGUCAGAGGGUCUCCUACUGAACAAGGUGCCCACCCAAGGUAUGGAUGGAGCCUCUGGGGAAACCUUCAGCAAAACAGAGAGCUCAGAGGAGACUGAGGAGUAUGGAAAUCAGAGCGGCAACAGGGAAGAUGAAGCAGCUGGUCACAGCGUCUUUCUGAAUGGGAUGGCAUCUUCCACCAGUCAGAUGGCUGCCAGGGCUUCACCAGGCCCACAUUUUAGCUGCUUAAGCUCUCAAACCAAGCACCAACUCACUCAUUUGUUACCCAUUUCUGUCUUCCUAAGGAAAGGGAAAUUGAACAAGGCUCUCAUUCAUGUUCUCAGGAAGACUUUCAAGACACAAUCUCUUUUUGAUUCUUGUAUAUUUCUGCUUCUCCAGAGUCUAGCAUCCAACUCCUCCACUGAGACAUGGAGAAGGGAAAGCUUCACCGAACCUCUUCUUAGCAGCUGCUUCAAUCCCACUCUUUGGCUGCAUGAUUAGGGAAGAUCCAAUGACAUCCUUCAACAGGAUCUUCCACACCUCUGAUAGGCUGACCUGCCUGAACUAAACCCUUGUGUGGGAAAAGCAAGGAUCAAACAAUAUGCACUCUUAGAGACAAGAGCACCAACUGUUUGAAGGAUGACCCAGUUGAUGUGAAACAAAGCAUGGUAGGACCUUGGACCGCCUCAACCUUCUUUGUCCUUCUCCUUGAACUGUUCCCUACUCAUCCCAAAACCGCAUCCUUUUCUGGACCACCCACUCUGAUCCAUCCAAAACAGGGAUAGUAAAAUGGGAUAGCUUGGUGCCAGUUAAUAAAUGUGUGUGUAUGAUCUUGUCAAGUCAUAAUCUUUGGCUCACAAUUGGGGCUUUCUGUUGGUGGUUGACAUCAACCCCAUUGGCACCAUUGGGUCUUGGGUUUUGCCUCCGGGAUGCUCCUGACUUGGCCUCGCUUGGCUUAUUCUUUCUAGAACGCCCAGUUUGAGAAGGAAACAGGCUUAUUAAAAUAAAGUUUAUUCAGAACACUUCAA